AUGGGCAAACAUAUGCAUGGUUCUACAGAUUGUUACUCUUGCAUGAAACAUGACUCUCGAGAUAUAGCUUCAUUGAAUAUAACUGAACAAGAACAUGAUCUCAUUACAGAAUCGUCUAAGAAUAGAUCUGGCAAAGUGAGGGUGAAGAAGCAUCAUUUGCCAACUGAAUCGAAGGAGAGGGUACAAAAUGAUCAGACAUCGCUCAAAACAUCAUAUAUCAGUUAUGCAGACAGUGAUAGUGAUACAUGUGAUCCCCAUUCUGCACAAACCACUAAACGCAGAAAAUGGCCAAGACAUCAUAAAAAGAGACAGGGUCAUGGGGGUACUAGUAACAUGACUGAUGAAAGGAACAAUGAGACAAUUGAGACUGAGGAGAACCAGGGUGGUAAUGGUAUUGAGAACCUAGUUGGUGAUCACAAUAAGGACCAGGGUGAUGGCAAUAAAAAUCAGCAUGGUGAUGGCAAUAAAAACCAGGAUGGUAAUGGCAAUGAGGACCAGGGUGAUGACAAUGAAGAUCAGGAUGAUGGCAAUGAAAACCAGGAUGGUGAUGGCAAUGAUCAGAGUGAUGGCAAUGAAGAUCAGGAUGAUGGCAAUGAAAACCAGGAUGGUGAUGGCAAUGAAAACCAGGAUGGUGAUGGCAAUGAAGAUCAGGGUGAUGGCAAUGAAGAUCAGGAUGAUGGCAAUGAAAACCAGGAUGGUGAUGGUAAUGAAAACCAGGAUGGUGAUGGUAAUGAAAACCAGGAUGGUGAUGGUAAUGAAAAUGAGGAUGGUGAUGGCAAUGAUCAAGGUGAUGGCAAUGACGAUCAGGAUGAUGGAAAUGAUGAUGGCAGAGAGAAUCAGGGUGGUGAUGAAAGUGACCUUUAUAGUAGUGAUGAUGAUGGUGAAAAUGGGGUAGUACCUCCUAAUCUUGACAGUGGCAUGGACACUACAUCAGGUGAAGAGAUGGACUCUGAUGAUGAUGACAGGAACAGCACACAUCAUCGCAUUCAUGCUCACACACAAAUAGAAACAACCUGGCCAAGUGACUCAGAGUAUAUUGAACCUACAUGUGUUUCUAAUGAUGAAGAUGAUGACAAUGUUGCUGAUAGUGAUGGUUGGACUCCGACACUCCGAAGACAUGUUGUUGAAGAGUUCACAGGUGAACAUCCUGGUCCCAAUGUGAACAAAGCAGACAUACCUACACCAAUAAGUGCUUUUGAAAAAAUAUUUCCUAAAUCGCUUGUGACAAAACUCAGAAGAGAGACUAAUGCUUAUGAUUAG